AUUUGACAUCUUUUCCUUUCAUCAUGAUAUUCUGUCCACUGUCGAAAGCACUUUUCCAUCAAAGUAUUCCGAGACCAGGCCAUCGACUAUGACUCUGAGGUACUCCUGUGUGUAUGCGUGCCUGGGUAGGAAUUUCAACCCUACCCCUGCUUCAAGAAUGAGAGCCGUCGCCUUAUCUCCACUGCAGGCAUGUUUCACAAAGACAUCUCUCCCUUAGUAUUCAGCCUUAAAGGUGAGAGUGCCGUUAUGACAACGCAGAAGCUUGUUCUUCAGGUCUUCUUUAAUGAUGUGAUUGCGAAUAUUUCCCUUGGGGUACCUGUGUUCAAUGACGCUCAUGACGUAUAUCUUCAGCAUUACAAGCCGGCUGCCAAAGCCAACCAUCCUGCCUUCCGAGUCAAUUAUCGUUCUCAUUAUGUUAGUCGUGGAAGCGUGUGUCCAGUAGAAUAUGGGGCGCUGCUAAAUGCUGAGUAGUUUGGAGAACAGGGAACGGGAAAUAAUAAAUGUUGUUGGAUUAGUAAUGAAGACUGG